AUGGAUGUCAUCGACGGAUCGCACGAUCCUAACUUUCAUGCAGUGCUGAAGCAAAUCAGGGAUGACGCCGUCAAAGCCUCCAAGAAGAAGGGUCGACUUGUCACAGAUCACCCCGAAGCGAAAACACUCAUCGACCGAUUUUUCGCCAAAUUGCUGGGAAAGUCUAUUCUCACGCCCUCGUUAUCGCCCUUUGGAAAGAUCGUUGAAGAGAUCAUCGGAGACUCUAACCCGUUCCCUAACGCAAAGAUGGUUGACGACCACUUCAACGUACCUCCCAUCACCCAAGUCAUCAUACCUUACCCUCCCUGUAUCCUCUCCGAGAAAGACUUGAAGUUCAUCAAGAUCUCCGAGAUGAGACUCCAGAGCCGUCACCGCGGCAGGAAGGUCCUCAUUCACCUUAUCUCGCCGCCAGACCGCAACGAUGCAGUUAUGGCCAUCGCCGAAGACGAGGAGGGUACAGCCGUUUUGCUUCAGAUGUACCAACAGCCCAGUGAGAAGCUGGUACCGUCUAUUCAGAAUAUUCUCAACUACACAUUCUGCAUCGUCAAAGAACCUGUCUUCAAGCAGUCCUUCGACAACCCUUUUAAUAGCCCCCUCCAGAUUCGAAGUGCCUACUAUUCUUUGAGAAUCGACCACCCCAGCGACAUCGUCGGCUUGAUUGAGGGCGAUGAGAGAAUUCCCGAAAAGUGGAGAGGUGAAGCUCGCAGCGAAAACGAGAGCAGUCUAGGAUACCGCCAGGACGGUAACGCUUGCUUUCGCCGCAUGGAAUUCAUGAUGGCCCAACGCUCGUACUCCUCGGCUCUCGACACCGCCCAAACUCCCCUAGAGAAACAGCUGGCCUACCUCAACCGAUCGAUAGCGAACCUCAAACUCGAUCGACCGGCCAAAGCACUGUUGGAUGUCACUCGCGCUUACAAUCCCGCCAAGCCUACCGAGAAGCCUAUGCUACGACACGCUUACGUCCUCUACGAUAUGGGGAAGUUUGAGCAGUGCAAGGCGACACUCCAGACUUGCUUGGAAGCAUUCCCCAAGUGCCAAGCAGCGCAAACGAAACUGCAGAGCGUCAAGUCAAGACUUCACGAACAGCGCACAGGCAAGUACGACUUUAAGGAUAUGUACGAACAGGCCAAGGCGAGAACCCCUCCUCUGAUCGACUGCGCUACCUUUUCUACUCCUGUUGAGAUCCGCGACUCGCCUGGUCGUGGACGCGGGCUCUUCACAACCAAGGCUGUGUCGGCGGGGGAUUUGCUGCUUUGCGAGAAGGCCUUUUCGUACUCCUUCAUUGACGACACGCGACUUGAGGAUGACGUCACCUGCAUGGUGAAUCUGUCGAACAAGCGAGUCACACUUGGCGCAUCUGCGGAUUUGUGGCCCCAGGUCGUUCACAAGUUGCAUCACGACCCGGAGUCUCUCUCUGCGUUUGAAGAGCUUCACCAUGGGGACUUCAAGAAGACCAUUGUCUCUGAGUGUGAUGGGACCCCCGUUGUUGAUGUUUUCUUGGUAGAGAAGAUUCUCUCACUCAACUCCUUCGGAUGCCCGAGAACCAGCCGCGACUUCUGCAAGAGCCAUGUCUGGAGUGGCAAAGAAAGUGCCUCAACCCGAGAGAGACCCCUCUUCACAAGUGCCGGCAUCUGGCUCACUGCCGCUCGAAUCAACCACUCCUGCGUUGGCAACUGUCGACGCUCUUUCAUCGGCGACAUGCAGAUUGUCCGCGCCGCACGAGACAUGCCUGCCGGCACGGAGCUUCUUUUCCCCUACCGCCCAUCUGGUUCCUCGGAUUUAUACCAGCAUGUUCAACAGGAACUUGCCAAGUGGGGAUUUGAGUGUGCCUGCGAGCUGUGCAAGGACAGAAGCAAGACUAGCGAUGCCGUCGUGAAGCAACGCAGCGAUCUCCACCGAGAAUUCAUGAAGCAGCUUCCCGGCGACGAGCCUUUCGACUUGCCCAAAGCUACGCGACUGAUGAAAGGCGUGGAGAAGACGUACCGUGGCAAGCCUGCCAAGCAGAUCCGAUGGGUUCUCGCGGACGUGUAUGCGUACAUUGGGAUCCGCGCCAGACAGGAAGGAUACUUCGUUGACGCCGCCAAGAUGCUCAUCAAAGCCCUCGAGGCACACGGUUUCGUCAUCUAUGCCACCGAUCCUGGUUCGGUGACUGCUCAGCCCCGGUUUGAGGUCAAGCAUUGGGGAAUGAUGGAGCAUGUCAUCCCGUGGCUGUUCUUUCAGCUGAUUGAGUGCUAUGAUCAGGUGGACAUGGCGUUGGUGCCAGUCGCUGCGCAUUACGCAGAAGUGGCCUACUCUGUCAUUGUUGGCGAGAAGAUCUCGAUUUGGGAAGUCAUGCCAUCUACGGGCAACAAGCAGUGA